AUGGAAGACGCCCGGGGAUGGAAGGCAGGUCCACCACGACCACGGCGGCAACAGACCUCUCGCACCGCCGCCGGCGGGUUUCACCUCGUCGAGACGGAGACUUCACCCUCACCUCUUCGUCCCAGCAGGUCUCUGGCAGACCUGCGCUCGCCGACGACGGAUGAACCGCCCAUGCCGCCACUUCCCCCGAGAUUCCGCGACCCAGAGCUGCCUCCGUCGCCGCCGCCUCCUCCCUACGAGGUUCGCCGGGCCCAGAGCUCGUCUGCCCUCUCGCUCGAUGCGUCACGCACCGACGCCGCGGAGCCGGACGCGCCGCCGCCAAAGAAAACCACGCUCGGUCAAAAAAUGCACUUCGCCAUGACCGGCCUCAUAAACAACCCGGUCGAGUCGAACAGUCACUACAGCGUCAUCCGCCACUCCUGGCUGCCCGUCAUGUACAACGGGCCGGACACGUCCGUCUCCAUAACCAUCCUGUCAGACGCCCCCCUCCCGGCGAACAGGACGCUGUGGCUCCGGCAAAAGGGCUUCUUGGGCAACGUGGGCAUGGCCCUCCAGGCAAUGACGAGCUCGAGAAGCGACUGGGUCGAGGUCACGCCCGCGCAGGAAGCCCAGGUGAAGCACGUCCCCGACCAGAAGGAGUCCAUCAUGCAGCGCGACUUUGAACGGUUCGCGAGAAAGGCGCGGGACAAGCACAAGAGACAGGUACCCAGGGAGACGCACAUUGUCCGGAUCCCGGCCGCAGCGACGGACGGGUACUAUAACCUGGUGGUCUGCGGGGGCAGCAAAGCUGCCGCCAAGGUGCUCUGCAAAUGCCCCGUCUUUCGCGUGGCGAGCAUGUCCCAGGACGCGGCGGUUGUCCGGGGCGCCAGCCUGAGCACGCUGCCGCUGGAGAUUGGCCUCAAGGUCGCUUCUGCCGUCGGCACGCUCGUCGCCAAGAAGUACAUUGGCGUCGCCGGCGUGGUUGCCGAGAGGAGCGCCGGCAAGUACAUGGCCAAACAGUCGGUCAAGAAGGCCGCGACGGUGGCCGUCGAGAGCUACCAGGGGCUCGGGGGCCCGGGGAUCCAAGACGUCGUGAGGGAUAGCUGGAGGCGAAAGCGGGCCGCCGGGGGCGCCAGCCUGAGCACGCUGCCGCUGGAGAUUGGCCUCAAGGUCGCUUCUGCCGUCGGCACGCUCGUCGCCAAGAAGUACAUUGGCGUCGCCGGCGUGGUUGCCGAGAGGAGCGCCGGCAAGUACAUGGCCAAACAGUCGGUCAAGAAGGCCGCGACGGUGGCCGUCGAGAGCUACCAGGGGCUCGGGGGCCCGGGGAUCCAAGACGUCGUGAGGGAUAGCUGGAGGCGACAGCGGGCCGCCGCGACGGCCGGGUACACGGCCGAGUUGGCAGCCGCCGUGAUGAUGGGCUCCGACGACGGUCCCGAGAAGCCGUUCCCCUUCAAGUUUGAGGGCGCGGUAGAGCGCGGAACCGGCACCUCGAGUGCAGAACUGGGCUUUCCGACCGCCAACCUCUCCGGGGUCCCGGACGCCGUCAAGACACCGCUCUCCGGCGUGUUCGCCGCCUGGGUGAGGCUUCUCCCCCGAGGGGGCAACACAGCCGACGGCCUCUCGCCGGACUGGCACCCGGCCGUCGUGACCAUUGCGCCUCCUCGCGGCGCCGCACCCGCCGUCACCCCCAGGAACGGCGUGUGCGUCCAUAUCCUCCACGACUUCAACGACGUCACCUUUUUUGGGAGGAAACUGGCCGUCCUGCUCAUGGGGUGGCUGCACCCUGCCGCGCCGCCAACGGCCUACUCUACAGAUGUCGUUGCCCAGCACGCCGUCGACAUGGGCACCGCAAUGGCGAGUCUAGACAGGGAAAACUGGUCCCCCGAAAAGACAAUGGCGCGCAUCAAGGUGCUCAGGAGCGAGAGGAGCUUGUCAGAUCGCCUGGAUGGCGUGACGGGCAAGGUGGUCCUGGGCGUCAACAGGAUACCGCUGCAUCGCGUAGCCGUGAGGAGCGAGUCGGAGGCCAUGAGGGAUCAGUACUACGGCGUGGGGGGCAUAUGGAUACGCAGGGGCUAA